AUGCACAGAGAUGUCCCAUACAUACUUGCUGUGCAAGCCUUUCUCUUCUAUCUACCACGAUUCGUAUGGAAAUCACUUAUUGCCUUAUGCGGAUACGACCUCGCAGGCGCAAUACAAUUUGUCGAUGGUUUUUGGACUGCACUGAAAACUAAUGAUGCUACCUUCAAGGCCAGAAUCGCAGCUUUCGAAGGCCGAGCCUCCGCUUAUAUUUGGGAUGGACUGCGCCUCGCUCGCCGUAAGGGAAGUAGAGACAUGGCGCUCUACUAUGCAGUAUCCACCGUAAUUCAAUCCGUAAACGCAUGGAUUCAGUGGUACGCACUGAAUUCGCUGCUCGACUCUCCACUUUAUACUCUAUGGGGACCAGCAUUGGUUGGCGAUCUUAUGAGAGGAGACGAUUGGCAGGUUACCGGUCACUUUCCUCGCAUCACUCACUGCGAUUUCAACAGAAGACGACCAGCAAGCGUACAGAUUAAUCAAAAGGAAUUUGUUUUGCGAUGUGUUACGUUCGGGUAUCACAGUCUUAAUGAGUUGGAUAUUUCAACAAUUGCAACUAAUUAG